GUCAAUUUCAUAUACUUGUAUGAUAUUUUAUCUUUUGCACUUCUGACUUCUCCAAGCAAGACUCAGCCUUUUCUUCAGCUUUUAGCAAAAUUGGCUUUCUGAGGUUUCACCAAUGGAAUCCUCUGCUAUCUUCAGGCUUUCUUCUCCUCCAACUUUUCUAUCACCAAAGCCAAACACCAUUAAAUCUCUCCCACCAAGACCAUGGAAGCACAGAACUUCUCAGCCUACUCAUGUGCACUGUAACAAGAUGUUUGUCCCUGGGUUUGGGGAAGCAUCGCCAGAAGCAAAGGCAGCCAAAAACCUCCACCAAUUCUUCACUUACAUUGCAGUUAAAAUAGUUGCUGCCCAACUUCAGAGCUAUAACCCUGAAGCCCACGCGGAUUUGAUGGAAUUUUUGGAUAGACAUUCUCUAAAUGACGGAGACAAGUUUUGUGCAGAUUUGAUGAGAGAAUCCUCCAAGCAUAAAAGCUUAGCACUGCGAAUUCUUGAGGUACGAUCCGCUUACUGCAAGAAGGAUUUCGAGUGGGACAACCUGCAGCGAGUGGCUAUGAAGAUGGUAAAUGAAUCAAACACAAAGCUCAUGAGGGAAUAUGUCCAAGAAACUAGUCAUGUGGAAAGUUAGAAGUGGUGAAGCGAAUUCAGUAUAAUCAUAAAUGACCAGUACACUAAAGAAGAGCAACUUUAUCAAAUAGAACCCCAAGACUAUAGAAUUUUAAGGUGUAUAAAUGAAGAUUUCAGUUUAUGUAUAUUUUGUACAUUCACCAGCAAACUUGAAGAAUCAAGUUGUAAUAAGAAAACUUCAACAUGUUAAGUCAUGUUUGCUGGUAGUAGGAGGAAAAUCUGUAUAUGUAUUACUCAUGUAUCGAUAUCCAAGUGAUAGUAGUGCGUGUAAGUUAGUAUACUACCUCUAUUCUACAAGUCUCUGAAGAUCCAAUGCAGCAUUAACGUGGCCUGUGCUGAAAUACGACCGAGCAUUUUCUUCGAUGUUGUCCAACCUGCAGUACCAUUGGAAAUUAUCAAGCCUGUAAAGGAGUGGAAAUAGCAAAAACCAUGUCUCUGAAGAAUGGAGUUAAGGCUUCGUUUGGUUGGAAGAAAUUUAUUUGGCUAAAAAUAAUUGGUUGAAAGAUGUUUCAAUUGAACAGAAAGUUUCCUUCAAUAGAAAUUUCUUGAUUGGCCA